AUGAAUCUGUUUCUUCCCAAAUCACAGAAGAACUUGGAUCCUCAAACCUCGAGCUGGGAACAGCAACCACGAUAUCUCUUCUCUCAUCCAGUUUGGGAGCUAAAGGAUAAAAUUGAGGAGUUGAAGACAGAGAGAAUUCGCAACGAGCAUCUUGUUGAAGCAGAAAGAAGCAGUGGCAGAGAGAUUGAAGCUGAUGUAAAAAGAUGGCAAGAAAGAGUUGAUAAGACCAUGGGAGAAGUAGAAAAACUUUGUGAAGAUCAAACUCAAGCUAAUGUACGGUGCUGGAAAUGGUCUUUUCCUAACUUGAAAUCCAGACAUCAACUUGGUAGAAGAGCAAAGAAAAUGGCAUUCAACGUUGCUGAAAUAAAGGAAAAGGGGAAGUUUGAGGGUCGAGUUGGGUAUGUCCCUGCAUCUAGCAUGGCAAGCUUAAUUUUGGCUACUCGAGCCAGUGAAAAGCUUGAGUCAAGAAAUUCAUUGAAGAAGGAGGUUAUAUUGUCUCUAAUGGACCCUAAAGUAAGCAAAGUGGGAAUUUAUGGGUGGGGCGGAGUUGGGAAGACCACUCUAGUUAAAGAUAUUGCCAAACAUGUCAAGGAUGAAAAGCUAUUUGAUGUGGUGGCUAUGGCAACUAUAUCUGAAACAUUAGAUGUCGAAAAAGUUCAAGAUGAGAUUGCAUAUCAAUUAGGCUUCCACUUGAAUGAGAAUACCACAAUUGGAAGAGCCGACCGCCUAUGUGCAAGGAUAAAAACAGAGAAAAAUAUCCUUAUCAUACUAGAUGAUCUAUGGGAGAAAAUUGAUUUGGACAAGUUGGGGAUUCCCUUUGAGCAGGAUAUUAAGGGUGGCAAAUCAUCAUUGACUUCUCAACAUUCAGAUAUUUCACAGAAGAAUGAGACUUGUCAAGGUUGCAAAUUAUUGUUGACUUCUAGACGGUUAGAUAUUCUCCAUGAGAAUGAGAUUCAAAAGGAUUUUCAUCUUGAAAUAGUAAAUGAUACAGAAUCAUGGAGUUUGUUUGAAGAUAUGGUUGGUGAUACUAUUAAAGAUGGUGAAUUGAAGGAGAUAGCAACUCAAGUGGUUGAAAGAUGUGUAGGUUUGCCAGUUAUGAUAGUCUCAAUUGCAAAGUCAUUAAAAUAUAAUAAGGAUAUUCAUUAUUGGAAAGCUGCCUUGAGAAGCUUAGAGGGAGUUGGUAACGGAGAUGCAUUGCACAGAAAUGUUUUUUCGGCUUUUGAAUUUACUUAUGAAAGGCUUAAAGAUGAUGAAAUGAAGAACGUAUUCUUGCUUUGUGGUGCAUAUGGACCAUCCAUGUCAGUGAAUGAAUUGUUGAAAUAUGUAAUUGGCUUGAGUUUUCUGAAACAAAAUGGUACUAUUGAAGAUGCAAGAAAUCGACUACACAGAAUAAUUCAUGACUUGAGGACAUCUUGUUUGUUACUUGAGGAUGAUGCAAGCGAGACCGAUGCAAUUAAAAUGCAUGAUCUUGUUCGCGAAGUAGCUCUUUCAAUUGCUAGGAAAAAAAAUGUUUUUGUGUUGAAAAGAAAUGAUGAUAGGGUGCAAGAAUAUUGGUCGAGCAAGGGUUUUCUUGAAACAUGUACCCAGGUAGUCUUAAAACCAUGUUAUAUUCAAGAACUUCCUCAAAAGUUAAACUGCCCCACUUUGAAAUUUUUCCUCUUACAUUACACUGAUACUUGCACUAUGGAAAUUCCAGACAAUUUUUUUGAGGGAAUGCGAAACCUUGAAGCAUUAGAUUUGAGAGGCUUGAUAAUGUCUUCAUUGCCUAGAUCUCUUGUUUUCCUGACCAAACUUAAAACAUUGUGUUUAGAUCAAUGCACCUUGAAGCAUAUGGCUGGAAUAGGUGCCUUGAUAAAUUUAGAAAUUCUUAGUUUCUUUGAUUCAUACAUGGAGGAGUUUCCAAGAGAAAUAGGACAAUUGACUCAUAUAAAAAUAUUGGAUCUGAGCAAUUCUAGAAUUAACUUCAUCCCCCCCAACAUUUUGUCCAAAUUGACUAAAAUAGAGGAACUUUAUAUGGGCAAUGCCUCAAUGAAGUGGGAGGAGGAAAGUUCAACUGAGGAAAACAAAUGUGCUAGUCUUGCUGAGCUUGUGUGUUUGACAAGUUUGACUACUUUAGAAAUUCAAAUUCGUGAGGCCUGGAUUUUGUCAGACAUGAUGCUUAAUAAGUUAGAGGGAUACAAGGUUAUCAUUGGAGAUAAAUGGGAAUGGUCAAGCGACAAAACGACCUCAAGGUUACUAAAGUUAAAGCUUCAGACUAGCAUUCGUUUGGAACAUGGUAUUAAAGCGUUGAUUAAACGAGUGGAAGAUUUGUACUUAGAUGAAGUCAAUGGAAUUUCGGAUGUGCUUUUUGAUUUGAAUGGCGAAGGAUUUCCAGUACUAAAGCAUCUCCAUAUCCAAAAUAAUGGCCAAGCUCAACAUAUUAUCAACACCAUGGAGAGGAAUAAUAAGACUUAUCUUGGUUUAUUUCCAGAAUUGGAGACCCUCAUACUUCAUAAUCUCAAUAACUUAGUGAAGAUAUGUCAUGGCCCACUUCCUCUUAAUUCCUUUGGCAAACUCACAGUCAUCAAAGUCAAAAGUUGUGACCAAUUGGAAUAUCUCUACUCUAUUUUAAUGGUGAAAGCUCUUUCUCAACUUUCCGAGAUUCAAGUUUCCAACUGCAAUUCAAUGAAAAGGAUUGUGCUGAUUGAAAAUGUGGAAAGUGACAUAACUACUGAUGAUAAGAUUGAGUUUCAUUCACUACGCUCCUUGACUCUCAGUCAUCUGCCACUCAUUCAUGAUUUCUGCUCAAAUGAGUACACAUCUUGCAUGACAACCACACCGUUGUUUAAUGGCACUAAGUUGAAGAUUGCAGAGGCCUCAAGUACUUAUUCUCAUCUUCUGUGA